AUGGCAAUGUCUAUUUCUGACAAUAUGCACCCUGAUCCAAAUUUGAAGAAUAUCAUCGAACAAAAAAGUUUAAAAUGGGUAUUUGUUGGUGGAAAAGGUGGAGUAGGCAAGACAACAUGUAGCUGUAGUUUAGCUGCUCAGUUAUCCAGAGUACGUGAAUCGGUAUUAAUUUUAAGCACAGAUCCAGCUCACAACAUUUCUGACGCAUUUAAUCAAAAGUUUACAAAAAAACCAACAAAAGUCAACGGUUAUGACAAUUUAUUCGCGAUGAAAUCAUCCACUGAGUGUGUCAAAUCAUUGUUAAAAAAAACUGUUGUAUUUUCUGAUUGCUUUGAAGCCGAUGUCGCAGCACCAAGUGACAUAGUGAUACGUUAA